GAAAUCCUCUCCCGAGUCCUGAACCCAUCCCAACUGCAACUUUUCACGUAGUAUUGUUUAGGUUUUACGCUCCUCUGGGUCUCUCUAAUGGACUCUUUGCUAGCCAACUACGCCUCUUCAGACGAGGAAGAAGUAGAAGAUCAUCAUCAACCACAGCCGCAACCAAAAUCUGUAAAUCCUAAGACCUCGUCCUUUUUCUCCUCUCUUCCCCAACCCAAAUCUUCCUCUCUCUCCUUAACCCUACCCCAACCAAAACCCAAGCAACCCUCAUCGCUGCCCCCCAACCCUCUUAUUCUCCAUCAAGACCCCCACCAACCCAUUUCAAAUACCUCAUCCUCGGAGCCCAAGGCCAAAAGGGUUGUCCUAUUCAAGCCUCCUAUAGCUCCUUCUUCGUUCAAAUCGACCGAGAUCGACGACGAAGACGAUGACGAAGAAAAAGAACGAAGGAGGCGGAAGGAGUUAGAUUCCACGGCGGCGCAAACCCCAUCGGUUAAGUCGUUCCUGUCUAGCAUUCCGGCGCCCAGGAACUCGGCCACAUUGGGUGUUAUUCCGAGCUCCGGUACUGGGCGAAGAGCAAUUGUUGAGACAGAUGCGCCAGCAUCAAAUUGGGGCGGUUCUCGACCGGAGGACGACUCGGGUGCUGAUCCAAAUUUGGGGAAUAACAGUGUCGACUCGAAUAGCUAUGCGAGUUUUGACUCGGGGAUCGAUCAGACUGUAAGGAAUUAUAAUGUGAACUAUGAUACAUACCAGAAUAAUCAAUCGGGCAUUGAUCAAAAUGCAAUUGUAGAUCCUCAAUCACAAUAUGUUACGAGGGGUGUAGAUAAUUUCAACUAUGGGGAUGAUCAAAGUUAUGCUAAUUAUGGUGAUUAUGGGCAGCAUGAAAGCAAUUGGACCGAUAGGCCGCUGCUGGAGAAGCCGGGGACGGGUGAAAUUGGGGUUAGAGUGCCUGGGAAGAGAGGGAGAAUUGAGGUUCCAGCGGAAAUAGUUGAAGUGAAGCAGGAUGAGUUGAUGAAGAAUCGACCGAGGGAGGACCAGGUCAAGUUAACCGGAAUAGCUUUUGGGCCUUCUUACCAGCCUGUCUCAACAAAGGGAAAACCUACAAAGCUGCAUAAGAGGAAGCAUCAGAUCGGUUCUUUAUUCUUUGAUAUGAAGCAGAAAGAGAUGGAACUUUCAGAGCGGCGCUCAAAAGGCUUUCUCACGAAAGCUGAAACACAAGCCAAGUAUGGAUGGUGACUCGGGGAUGAUUUUUGCCCCCUGCAAUUUAUCACUGUACCUCUAAUAGCAGACACUGCAAGACAGAAUAAUUCUCCCAUUAUAUUUUUUUUUUGUUGAUAAGU